AUGCCGGUGGAAGUCAAGCCCUUGGAACACAUCCGAGACUACCUCCUGGCCACGAAUGUCCAGCUCGGAGCCACCUACUCGACGGGCAAGAGGUCCACAGACCGCUACAACGAAGGAUAUGCGGCGGCAGCGAGGUACAUCGGUGCCGUGAGAGACGAGAUCGUGCUCGGUCCGUCCACCACCCAACUGCUCCGAAACGUCUCGUAUGCUUUGCGGUUCCAAGAAGGCGACGAGUUAAUUGUCUCGGCCAUCGACCACGAGGCAUACAUUACGCCAUGGGUGGACCUCGCCGAGCGCCAGAAGCUGGUGCUUGAAUGGUGGAAGCCCAACAGCGACGGCCCCGACGCCAAAACUAACGCGAAGUUGCUCGCCUCGAACCUCGCCGCCCUCCCCACGGAUAAGACCCGGCUGGUGACUUACACCCACGCAAGCAACAUCCUGGGCACCAUCCACGACAUCAAAGCCAUUGCCUCGACCGUCCAUGCCCACAACCCGAAAGCACUGGUGUGCGUCGACGCCGUUGCCUAUGCCCCACACCGCAGAAUCGACGUCAAAGACCUCGGAGUUGACUUCUACUCCUUCUCCUGGUACAAGGUCUAUGGUCCACAUAUUGUUCUCCUCUACGCCAGCCCCCUGGCCCUUUCCAACCUGCAUUCCCUCGGCCACUUCUUCAAGCCGCACGCAACCCUCGAAAACAAACUCGGCCUCGGCGCAGCAAGCUACGAGCUGGUACACGCACUCCCCGCCAUCGUCUCGUACCUGAAACCCCACGACAGGGACACCAACCUUGACAAGUGGGCGGGCAUUGCGGCGCAUGAGCAACAGCUCCAAGCCACGCUGUUGGAUUGGCUCGCCUCACGCAGCGCCGAUGUCACCGUCUACGGGGAGCUGAACAAUGAUUCCGGUGUGAGAGUGCCGACGGUGAGUUUCACGGGGAAGGGGUGGGGGUCCAGGGAGCUGGUUGAGGCGGUUGAGAGGGAGAGUGGUGGGGUGCUUGGGUUCCGCUGGGGGUCGUUUUACUCGGUGAGGUUGGUGGAGGAGGUGCUGGGGCUGGCUGGCUGGAGGGGACGGAGUGGUCAGGGUUAG